AUGCGCGACAAAAGGGCAAAGAACAAGGGGGCUAAACCCCCCACCGACAGAGCUGUUGGCACUUCAGCGCUUGCGCAGCCGUCAUUGUCUUCACCGGCUUCACGUCUAUCGUCAUUUUCGCCCGAUGGGGGAUUAUUUGCGUUUCUGUCACUCGCUGUGGACAAGCACCGACUGAGGGUAUACGAUGUGACCACCGGAAGUGCAGUUGCGGACCAUACAUUUGAUGCUGCUCGGGUAACGGCCCUCGUAUGGGGAACAUUCGAGCUCACAGAUGAAACCAAGGCCAGCAAGAAACGAAGGAAACGAAAGAGCCAAACCACAAACGAUGCUCCCGAAGCUCCCUCGGCCAUCCAGCUUGUCGCUCUUGGCUUGUCAGAUGGGUCCACUAUACUCUACUCCCCCACCCAAGGUGCGGUCGUCCGUACAUUAUCCAAUCCGGCACAUACAGCGCCAAUCACCUCCCUCGCUCCGCAUAACGAUUCCCCCAGUCAUCUCUGGGCAGCCUCGGAGGAUGGCACAAUAAGAUAUUGGAAUAUUCCAACCUCUACUUCAAAAGAUGUCGCCACUUCGACUCCGUGCGCGGCAUUAGCACCCCGCCCAGGCAUCACAGAGACCAAGGAUGGCGCCACCCAUUUGCUUACGGCCCAAACUACUAUCCAGCUCCUACCCAUAUCGUCCGACGGAACAGCACAAACCGAACUCAUAACUGUACCCGGUCACGCAUCCCCCGUUAUGGCUCUUGUCUGGGACAAAAAUUCAUCUGGGCCGGCUCAGCGCUUCAUUUCUGCAGCUGAAGACGAUCGGGUGGUUAGCGUUUGGGAUGCCGCAAGCGGGAAAAUGGUUGCCUCGGUUCCCCUCGAUUCGGAGGCACGUCAUGUUACAUUCGGAGUCGAGUCUGAGGUCUCAAUCUUACUUGCACUCGCUGUUUCCGGGAAAGUAUCUCUCUACACUUUGCCAGAAGGCGUCAAAUCAAAGGGAGUCUCGACCCUUUCACCUCAGUCGGUUAUUAAUGUCGAAUACGCUGGGAAGAAGGGCGGCGACCCCACGGCAGCUGAUGUCGUAGCAGUUUCAUUUGUUCCCGAGAAUCAAGGCAAAGUUGUUCUGGCACGGCUAGUAGGAGUUAAACCCGUGUUUGACACAGUGGACUACCGGGAUGAGAGCGGGAAGAUCCUGCCCGAAAUAAAAUUGACCCACAAAUCAGCUAAUGCUGGUCUCACUCCCGACACCAACGGCGUCGUUCCUGCCAAACACUACGCUGAGCCCCAAUCUCUUACCAUCCAUAAUGGUAUUGAGCUGGCUCAGAAUCCGUCCGAAGUCCUUCCUGCAACUACUGCUGCCGACCUUGACGUCGAACUCGCUGAGAUUACCCUUAGCGAAAGGAACAAGGUUCUUGCUGACCAGCCCAGCUCCACCUCUGGCCAAAAACGAAGACAUGACUCUCCCUCUGACGAGCCUGAACCCUCUACAUCCAAAUCCAACAAAAAGGGACUCCAAGUUCCAGCCCAUUCGCUCUCCCGCACUCUGACUCAGGCCCUUCACUCUGGAGAUAAUGCUCUUCUUGAAACAUGCCUUGCUCACGGUGACGCCAACCUCAUUCGAAAUACCGUACUCCGUCUGCCACCCACGCUCUGUGUUCCCUUGCUACAGGCGUGCGUCGAACGACUAGGGCGAGGUGCGAGGGGUGAGAAGGGAGGAGGUGCAGGUGCGAGUGCGCAAAGGGGUACCUCGUUAAUACGAUGGGUCAGGGCGGUCCUAAUUUGUCAUUCUGGGUUUCUGAUGACGAUACCGGACUUGGUUUCGAGGCUGGCUUCGUUGCAUGCUACUCUUGGUGCUCGAUUGGCCUUGCAAGACCGAUUGCUGGCCCUUAACGGUCGCUUGGACUUGGUUCUUUCGCAGAUUGAUGUUCAGUCUGCUCCUCGGGCUGCUAUAGACGAAGAGAUAAUUAUGAAGAAAAAGAAAGUUCAUGAGGAUGAGGAUGAGGAUGAGGACGAUGAAGAAGGGAGUGUGGAGGAGAUUGGGCUUGGGAGUGGGGAUGAGGAGGAAGACGAUGAUGAAGACGAAGAUGAUGAGGAUAGUGACGAAGAUGGCCCCAAAAUCAAUGGCUUCAUCGAUGAUGAAGCUGAAGAGGACUACAGUGAGGACGAGGAGAGUAGUGCCGAAGAGUAG